AUGGCAGGCCAGGAGCCUCUGAGACAGUUUCGGGAUGUCAAAGAUGCCGUCUAUCGCUACGACUCGGUUUUCGCGUCAAUCAAGUCGCCAACAGAGAUUUAUGAGGAGAAGCUGAGAUCGAUUCAAGACCGCAUCGCGCAAAUAUGGUCUGAAUUGCCAUCGGCGCCGCCGGAUCAAACAUCCAGGCUUCAGGAAAACCUGAUUGAGCUGGGCGGCCAGAAGAAGGAACUGGAAAUCGACCAAAAGACCAACAUUGAGCACUAUGAAAGAGUUCACGCGCAGAAGAUUAGGCAAACCAUGGACUCGUUCCGUGACCAUCUCUUUCAACUCAUGGGAACACCCAGUGGACAGUCUCAAUUUCAGAUGACGCCUGACACUACGAGGCUUGGGACUGAUGGAGUUGAGAGCGCACUCGUGGAGCCCGAGUUUCCUGAACCGGCACCCAUUGUCCCUGUUUCUGCAGAUGAUGAGAUGGACGAUGGACCUAUGUUUGACGAUCACCUGAUGGAUGACACCAUGGAAGACGGUGCUGAUGAUGCCGAACCUGCGGAAGACAUCUUCCCCCAGGAGGACAGCGUGAUGCAGGAACCUGUUGAAACUGAACCUCACAGCGAAGAACCCACAGAAGAGCCCACAGAAAACCCCAUAGAAGACGAAUCUUUCGGGACGGAACUUGACAACGAGGAACCCGCGGAGGAAGAAACCGCCGAGGGGGAAACCGUUGAACCACCAGCAGACGAAGAGCCCGUAGGGGGGUUGUCCGCCGAGGAGGAAGCUGGCGCGGACAGUCCUGAAGAGCCUAAUGACAACCAAGCUGCAGAAGUAGAACCAGCCGAGAUAGACCCCGUUGACGAUAAGCCUAUCGCAAGCAGAACUCGAAAGCCUGGCAAUCGAAUAGAAGCAUCGAGUCGAGACAUUGCUGCUCGCGAAGAUAUUUCUGCUCGUCACGCCAGAUAUACUUUCAGUCCAUCACCAACUCCGGCUGCUGAAACCAUCACGGUACAAGCGGACGAGUCUGAUGAUGAAGAGGACGAUGAAGAGGACGACGAAGAGAACGACGAAGAGAACGACGAAGAGAACGACGAAGAGGAGGAUGAAGAUGAGGACGAAGAGGAGAAUGAAGAGGAUGAGGUAUCUGAAGUCGAAUUCUCUGAACCGGAUGAAGCCCCCCCAUCACCACGGCAAACCAGAUCAGGAGGAAUCAAACGCAAGGGAAGCUUCUCAAGUCCAAUGACGAAAACCAAACGCCAAAAGACAGAACGAGCAUCGUCUACUAAUAAAGAGUCACAAAAGGAUGCACCAACAACAGAGUCAACACGACGCCAGACUCGACUACGUCAGCGACAGCACGACCCGACAGGCGCUGAUGAAUUCAAGGGAAUCACUGACCCGAAAUGCGGAAAGGUCUAUUUGACGUACUGGGACAAGACCAAAGAAUGGCUCGCUGUUCUCAUUCUUCCUAUGGGCAGUUUUGACAAGAUCGGAAUCCCUGGAUCUAUCGAAAGCUGUGGCUUAGCAGACUCCCUUCCACCUUGUUACCAAUAUGAUAAAGUGUCCGGAGAGUACAAAUGGGCCAAACCUUACGAGACUGGGAACACUCUCGUCAACGAACGCAUGUUUCCGGUCAUGUACUUUGACGGUCGAGACUUUCCUAAGAGGAGUGCCAUCGACUGGAUCGACGCAAAGGACUUGCGGAGAUUUAAUCCAAAGCUCAACAACGAGCUUCUUCCUCAUGUCAAAGAGGUCGACAGAUACUUGAAGGCUGACCCGGCCAGAGCAGCUUUACAAGCGGAUGAUGAAGAUGGCGAGAGAGUUCCAUACAAAGAGAGAACCGAGUCUCAAGCACCAAAACCAGAAGAAGCGAAGAAGAAAAAGCGCAAGUCGAGUGAACACAAGACUUCGGGACCCAGCGAGGCCAAGACAAAUUCAAAGAAGCAGGCCCCAGCAGCAGAUGCACCAGCAGAUACAGAGCUUCAGAAAGCAACCCCUACGCCGGAGCAAAUGGCAGCACACAGGGCAGCAGCCUUGAAGCCUCAAGUGCUAAGGAUAAUAGGCCACCAUAAUAGCUCGGACAAAUCAAAACCUAGCAAGACCACAGCUUCAAAGUCAGCAACGACGGCACCUGCAAAAACAAAUGAGAAAGAUUUAAAUGGUCGGCCUGCAUCUAAACCGUCUCCUCUCGGUCCGGCAGGAUCGAAGCCAUCGAGCUCAAAGUCAGGAGCGAUCAAUCCUGAGAGACCAGCGGGGAAAGGAUCUACUCAGCAUGCAACAUCAACACAUAGGUCAUCGGCCUCGAGGACACCAGCUGCUUCAGAUCCCAAACCCACAACUGCGAGACCUGCAGAAAAACAAUCAAACCAGCCUGCCCCAAAGCCAUCUGCAGCAAAGCAAGCAACAGGGAGACCAGCCGGGAACAAGGCAAGCCAGCCUACCCCAAAACCGCCAGCAGCAAGGACAGUGUCGAAGCCAGCCGAGAAAGAAUCAGAUCAAGCUGCACCAAGUCCUUCAGCACCUAGGCCUGCCGAGAAUCACCAGACCUCCCAGACCCAGACAAGGCCCAAGCCAACAGGUCCGAGACCAACUGUAACAAGGGCAGCAUCAGGGACACCUGCCGAGAGGGAGCCCAGCCAGCCUAUCGGAAAGGCGCCGGCACCAAAGCCAACAGCACCGAGGCCAGCUGAGAAGGAAUCAAAUCCACCUCCGCCAAAGCCAGCCGAGCAUCGCCCAAACAAGCCUGCUCAGACCAAGCCUCACGCAACUGUAACUGCGGAACCUGAUGUCCCUCUUCCAGUCUCCGACGAGAUUCAAACUGAGUUUGUGGAAACGGAGUUUGUGCCUCAGGAUGAUGAGCCUGCUCCUGCUCCAGCUGUGGAAGAGGACUCUCAAACUGCCCCUGUCCAACAAGAAGCUUCCCAGACCCUUGCUGACGCUCCGCCUCCCCCUCCGCCGCCGCUUCCAGCUCCAGCCCCGGCUCCGGCUCCAAGAGCUCCAUCAGCACCGCCAAGGCAUCAGUCUGUUCCGCAGCCCAGUAAUGUCUCCCGCCCGUUGCCAGCUCCCUCGCCAGUGCCAAGGCCUGCAAGUACCAGGAAUCCGCCACGGCCACUGCCUGGUGAGGAUGUCAAAAAGGAGAAAAAGCCUAUCAUCGUCAUUGACAUUUCAGAUGAUGACUCAGACGGUGCUGCUGAAGACUAUGCCGCUGCUGCACGCGCGUUAUCGCUACGGGCUUCCCGAGCCCAAGUUCUUCAACAGCUGACUGCCGUUCUGGAAGCAGAUUUAACCACCAGCCAGUCACGAACGACAGCAGCCCGAUGUACUGACGCAGAGCGACUAUCGGCGGUUGACAUCGCGCUGGCGGCACUGAGGCGGGACGAACCAUCGAACUCGUCAGCCGGACAGUCGUGGGACCGGAGAUCUUAUGAUUCGACGCAUAGGCCUGUGCAAGGGGAUUUAGAGAGAACACGUACACCACCAUACAGCUCAGCUGCGUCAAACACGUCCCUGCCAGAUCAGCAUCAAGCGCAAAUGGCCAACAUGAACCGGAGCAUGGGUAGGCAGUCCGGCUCUGGGUCACUUCCAACCCCGCCGGCCCAGUCAUUGCCAGGGCCCAUGGAUAUCGAUAGCUAUUCAUCACGCCCCCCAUACAGCGCAGGGCCGAGUCCAAUAGGCCCAUCAUAUCGCCAGCCACCUUCGGAGCAGCAUUCACAUCUACAACAGCCCCAGCCACGACAAGCACCGGCUUCUCAACAACAGCUGCUGGCUGACUGCAUGAUUGCUACAUCCAGCCACCCAGAAAACUCAACUCGGCGCCCAAGUCAUGAUCAGAUGCCACGGAUGCCUGAGCUUCCUCCCACAACUCAAUACUGGCAUACCCAAGGGCGAUUGCAGCAGUCACACGAUCCCCAACAGUCACAUGAGAAUCAAUAUCAGCCAAGUCAGCCACCGCAUGCUUCCCCUGUGUCCACUGCAUCUUCGAUUCAGUAUCCGCGACCUGCUGUCCAACAGUAUCAGACUCAACAGGCGGCUCCAUCGCAAUAUCAGAAUACGCUGUAUCAGGCGCAACAAUCACCAGCUGAGCCUUAUAACCAGUCCCCGCAAGCUUAUCCACAGCAACCUUUGAUGCAACACCAACAGCCACAACCCGCUCAGCAACAUCAUGCUGCUCUUCAGCCAUCCUCAACCCAGCAAUAUGAUACGCAGGCGCAAACUCAGCCAGUUGAGAGAUCUACUCAGCGCACCCCUUCUCUCGAACACCUGAUGCACAGACAUUUGCAUGAAUCUCCGCGCAACAGUCGCAACCAGGUCCUGCCGCCACCUCCGCAGGCUUCUCCCCCCAUUCCUUCUGCCCAAAGUCACAACCAGACGUCGCAUACACCGCGUGUAUCCUAUUCCAGCCCGUAUGCUGGUACUUCAGCACAGCCUCCACUACAGGCGGGCCAGUUGCCAAGUGUACCAACAGUCCCCUCACAGCAAACUGUACAUCAAACGGCGCCUCUCCGAACUAGCCACGAGUGGUCAAACUCGUAUCAAAACAGCCAAGCACAGGCACAGCAGGCAGGGGCAUCUGCUGAACGGCCUUCUUCGUCUCAUCAUCAAUCCGCAUCUCAAAGCCACUCUCGGUCAGCGUCUGGCCACAGACAAAACGAGCAGCGGCCUUCCUACCAACCAUCAACUUAUACCGCGUCUCAAUCUUACCCCCCAUCGGACGGGAACCAACAAUCAUCAAGCCAAGCUUCGAAUCUUCCUCCACCCCGGUCACUCAUGGCCAUUGAUCAGCAACCCCAGCAAGAUCCGAACCUUUUGCCGCCAUUAGUAUCGAGUAACAGGCCACAAGAACAGCCAUACCAGUCUUCUUAUAACCCAUAUUCAACUAUUCCUAGCAUGAGGCAGCACCAUGAACCACCGUCUGCCGGAGUACAUCCACCCCAACAUCCUCGGCCCGGGCAAGCAGGUGCUGGCUCGCCGCCAGGAUUCUCUCAACCACAAUCCCAACAACCAGCACCUGAAGCAGCCUACCACCCAGCGCCACUUCGCCAAGUUGGAUCAGCUGCUGGACCUGACCCCUCACCGAUACAACGAGUGGCAAGCGCUCAUGAACAACGAACCUUGCCUCCCCGGCCAGAGUCUUCAGCAACUCCGGCAUCACAGCCAUCUGCGCCAACAACUUCUAAUCAACAAGGUGAGGCUGAGUCUCGUUCGUCCCGUGAUAAGCGAGACAAAUGCGAUAAGCUGAACUCAGAGCCGCCGGGGAGCACUCAGCAGCCGGAACCUGCUACGGAAGCCAAUAAGUUUCACCCAUGGGUCCAGGUUGAUCUCAACCUACCCCAAGAACCUCCCGACUGGGGUGACUCAAUACCAUUUGAGCUGGUUGAGUUCAUCUCUGAAUGGGAGCGCCUUCGUUCACUACGCCAAGGUCUGGCAGGUCUACGAAACCACAAGGGCGGCCUCGAAUGCUUGUUCUGCAAUGGCCCUGAACGGGUGCCUUAUGUCUAUGACCGCAAGAACUACUUUGAGAAGCACCUCUUGAAUCACUGGCAGAGGGUGAAGAAGCUUCAUCCCGAGGGGCCAGAUCCUACCCCACGCCCAGUACAGCGGCAACAGCAGUACAUUUUCAGGGACGGCACCGCGAAUCUCAAUGUUUGA